AUGGUUGAAUUACUUGCUUCUUCUGAAUCAUCAUCAAUAACACCUUCAUCAACAAGAAUAAAUAAUGAAAAUGAACCUAUAAUAAAUAUAACACAACCAUCUCAAAAUGAUCCAACAUUAUCAACUUCGCCUGAUGCAACAACUAUUGAUUCGUCACGUGUUCAUUCGAGAUUAUUUCAUCGACGUAUUGUAACAAUGCUUGAAACAUUAAAAAAGCGAGGUGGUAAUAGUGGUCCUAUAUCACCUCCAACAUCACCAAAACUUUUACCAUCAUAUAUUGAAUCUAAAUCUCAACCAAUUACAUUUGGUCAAUUACGACAAGCAACAAUAUCAUCUACAACACAUGCUUCAACAGGUAUAGGAGAAGUACCAUCUUCUAGAGUUUUAGCAGCUCGUUCAUAUAAUGAUUUAUCUUCAAUAAAUACAACUAUAGAUAAACAAUCAUAUUCUACAAAUGUUAAAUCAUUAAUUAUUGACACUCGUUCAGAUGUAAAACCAGUACCAAUUAAUAAAUCGACUUCGAAACAUCAAAUAAAUAAAGAACGACUUUAUUAUUCACCUUCACUUGAACAAUUACUUGAACAACAUAAUGUUGUUCCACGAAUGAAACAAGAAGAUGAGUUAAAACAAGAGCAAAAAGAAGAAGAACAAUUACAACAACAACCAAAACCACCAUUAACCGUUGAUGAAAUUCUUGCUACUUAUUAUUCUAAAGUUAAAGUGCCAACAACUAUCGAAGCACAACCAUCUGCUCAUGCAAACAACAAUAUAGGUUAUUAUAUUCAUCCAUCACCAUUAAGAUGGAAUACUCCUCAAAGCAAUCAAUUUCUUAUUUCUACUCCUCCAUCACUUGUAUUACAUGAACAAAAUAGAAAUCGACCACCGCCUCCUUCUUAUUCACUUAGCAUAGCUAGUGGUCAUCGACCACCUUCAUCCUCAAAUAAUCUGGGUCAACAUUUGAUUCGAUCUCCUGUACCAUCAUCAAUACCGAAACAGAUUUAUACUGAAUCUCAAAUAACUCAGCAGCUAUUACCAGGAAAUUCACCAGUAACUCUGUCAACAUCUUCUUCAUCUAUUAUGAUGAAUACUCCUAUUCGACCUCCACCUCCGCGUUAUGAAUUACCAACAUCAAAUAUCGAACGUUCACAUUCGGCAUUAUCAUCAAUUAAUCGUCCAAAUUAUUCUCAAACAAAUCCACCACAAGCUGGUUUUGAUCGUGAAUUUUCUCGUUUACUUUAUGGUAAAGAUGGUGGAAAAAAUCGACAUCAACAACAAAAACGUAAAGCAUUUAGUGAUCCUGUCAAAAAAAGUGUUGAAGAAGCCGGUCGAUCAAUUGAAAAAACUCAUCGUCGAUUAACACCUCAUAUAAAUAAAACUGAUACAGUUAAUGAAGAAGAAGAAAAUACUAAUGAUUCAAAUGAUACUGAUAAACACGAACAAAAUCUACUUCCACAAAGACGUUUUCAACGACAAUCAGAUCUGACUGUAAACAAUCGUGAAUCAGCAAAAAAACCUAUUGUACCUCCAAAUCCAUUAUUAAGACGACCAAUUCCAUCAUUUUUACAUGUUUAUUCCAAAGCAUCAUCAUCUAAUGAUAUUCUUCUUCAAUGGCAUUUAUUUAGUUUAUCCGAACUUGAAUCAUUUGAUUCAAUGAUGACAAAAUUAUAUCGAGAUGAAAACUUUGUUCGUGUUCAAUUUUAUGAAAAUUAUCGAGCAUUACUUACUUCAAUAUUAGAAUCAAAAAAAUCAUUAAAUAAAGUUAAUGAUGAUGAUGAUGAUGAUGAUAAUGCAAUAACAACAACAGCUUUGUAA